AUGGCAGUCCAAGCUCUGAGUUAUUUCAUGUGGUUAGUUUUUCUCCUUCUCCACUCUGUGGAGUUCUCCCACUGUUUGAUCACUUUUAAUGCAACUGUGUCGUUGGACGGUAGCGGAGAUUACGUCCAUAUUAGCGAUGCUAUAGCUGCAGCGCCCAACAACGGUUCAAUCAGAUUUUAUAUUCAUGUCAAACCUGGGAUUUAUAAAGAACACAUUGAAGUUCCAGAGCUGAAAACAUUUAUUUCGUUGAUCGGAGAUGAUGCAUCUACGACUGUCAUUGUGGACGAUCGAAGCAAUCAUGCGGGGUUCUCGACUACUUCCUCUGCCACAUUCACUGUGAAGGCUAAACAUUUUGUGGCCCAAUUUCUGACGUUUCAAAACUCUGCCGGACCGGAAAAUGGACAAGCCGUGGCAGUUCUAAGUGAAGCUAAUUAUACAGCGUAUUAUAAGUGUGUCUUUAUGGGUUAUCAAGACACACUUUAUGUGAGAGGAGCCUUCCAAUUAUUCAAGGAGUGCGACGUAUAUGGAAGCAUCGAUUUCAUCUUUGGAGAUGGGCUCGCCAUAUUUCAAGACUGUAAUGUAUAUGCACGAAUAUUGGGCACUACUAUCACCGCACAGUCCAAAUCCUACAAAGAUCAACGCAGUGGCUUUACAUUUCAAAAUUGCAACGUAACGGUGUCACCAGAGAUACAGUCAAUCAAGGAUCAAGUGACGGUGUCUCUUGGACGACCGUGGAGGAACUACUCCACGGUUAUUUUCAUGGAGUCUUUCUUAGAUGAUAUAGUUGAACCAGGAGGAUGGUCGGAAUGGCCACGGACACCAGUGUAUUUGUUGUUUUAUGCUGAAUACAACAACAGCGGUUCGGGAGCUGACACUUCUCAGCGGGUGAAAUGGCCCGGCUAUCACGUAUUGCAUAAUGAAGAUGAAGCCUCAAGAUUCACCGUUGAAAUUUUUAUUGAUGGACUUGAGUGGCUAUCAGAAACUGGUAUACCUUUUAGACGUGGUCUAUAUGCAGCUUAA